GACAAUCUCUUGACAAGAAGAGACCACAUAGAUGUCAAAGAUGAAGUCCUUCGUUGCAAGUUUAUUCGCAGCCUCUUUGGCCUAUGCCCAGACGGCCACGCAGAGUGAACCUUCCCUAUCAGACAUUGAAAAGGCUGCGGCUACCACCGAGCCCUACUCUCCUGUAUCCAAUGUGGCUGGCCUGGCCUUUGACAGAUUCUUCCAAGUUUGGUUGGAAAACAUUGACUACUCGGAUGCGUCUGCCGAUGAGAACUACCAAUGGCUGGCCAAGCAAGGAAUCACUCUCACCAAUUUCUUUGCAGUUACCCAUCCCUCUGAGCCCAACUACUGCGCUUCCGCCGGAGGUGACACGUUUGGCAUGGACAAUGAUAAUUUCAACCAGAUCCCGGCUAACGUCUCGACCAUCGCCGACUUGUUCGACACUAAGCACAUUUCCUGGGGUGAGUACCAGGAACAUUUGCCUUACCCUGGCUUCCAGGGAUACAACUACUCCAACCAGGAGACUUAUGCCAAUGAUUACGUGCGCAAGCACAACCCGUUGGUUCUCUUUGACUCGGUCACCAAGAACAGCACGCGUCUGCGUCAAAUCAAAAACUUCACCAACUUUGAGGACGACCUAACCGAUAAGAAGCUUCCUCAGUACGCUUUCAUUACCCCCAACAUGACCAACGAUGCGCACGAUACCAACAUCACUUUUGCCGCUAAGUGGGAACGUACCUGGGUUUCCCAGUUGCUCGACAACUCCUAUUUUAUGGAAAACACUCUGCUUCUUCUCACUUUUGACGAAGACAAGACCUACCCCAAGGGAAAUAAGAUUAUGAGCAUUCUCUUGGGUGGAGCCAUCCCUGGCCACCUGAAGGGCACCACUGAUGAUACGUUUUAUACUCACUAUUCGAUCAUCGCUUCCAUGUCAGCCAACUGGGGUCUGCCAUCCCUUGGCCGAUGGGAUUGUGGUGCCAAUAUCCUUGAGAUUGUGGCCAACAAGACUGGCUAUGUCAACUAUGAUGUUGACACUACAAACCUUCGUCUCAACGAGACAUAUCCCGGACCUAUGUCCUCUGGCGAGUACUCCAAGUUCUCGCCUGUGUGGCCCAACGCCUUGACUAGCGGAAACUGCUCGGCUGGUCAUGGAAUUCUGGACAUUGUCAAGGAGACCUAUAAGGGAACCACUGCGACUUACAACUACACGAGCCCCUUCCCCUACGAUUCUAAGAGCGGUUACAACGUCAAGGUCACCGCAACCAAGAAGGGUACGAGCAACAGUGGAUCUUCUUCCUCAUCGACCCCUACGCCCAACGUUGCUAUUCCCUUCGGUACGCCCGCUGUUGGAUCUAUUUCCGGUAUGUUGAUUGGCCUUCUGUUUUGUCUUUUCUAA